GAAACAUUUGAUUUGAGGUUUGAGUACGCACAAGAGGGAAAUAUCUCAAAUUGAUUUGCUUUAUUAGAAAGGAGUUAUUUUGUUUACUUGGAGCAGAUUCAUGUCAUGCAAUUGAGUGGAAGUUUGCUAUUCAACUUUAAAAAUAAAAUUGUCUUUUUGACAUGUUUAUGGUCACUGCUAAAUUACUAUUUCGAGGGAGUUCUUGACUAAAGAAGUAGUUGCUUGAGCAUUGCUGUAUUAUUCUUUUUCAGGUUUCUUUGGAGAGGUUUUCCGUGGCAUAUGGAAUGGCACAGAUGUUGCAAUCAAGGUUUUUCUAGAGCAAGAUUUAACUGCUGAAAAUAUGGAAGAUUUUUGCAAUGAGAUAUCUAUUCUGAGCCGACUCCGACAUCCUAAUGUUAUAUUGUUUCUCGGUGCAUGCACAAAGCCUCCACGGUUGUCAAUGGUUACAGAAUAUAUGGAAUUGGGAUCGUUGUAUUACUUGAUACAUUUAAGUGGUCAAAAGAAGAAGCUUAAUUGGCGGAGAAGACUAAGGAUGUUACGUGACAUAUGCAAGGGUUUGAUGUGCAUACAUCGAAUGAAGGUUGUUCACCGUGAUCUGAAAAGCGCAAAUUGUCUGGUGAAUAAGCAUUGGACUGUGAAAAUAUGUGAUUUUGGGCUUUCAAGAUUAAUGACAGAGUCUCCUAUGAGAGAUUCUUCCUCGGCUGGAACUCCGGAAUGGAUGGCUCCUGAGCUCAUUCGAAAUGAACCAUUCACAGAAAAAUGUGAUAUCUUUAGCCUUGGGGUGAUAAUGUGGGAACUAUGCACAUUGAGCAGACCAUGGGAAGGAAUACCACCUGAGAGGGUGGUCUAUUCCGUUGCAAAUGAGGCUUCCAGAUUGGAAAUACCAGAAGGCCCUCUAGGAAGGCUUAUUUCAGAUUGUUGGGCAGAAUCCCAUGAGCGGCCAAGUUGUGAGGAGAUUCUUUCUCGUUUGGUGGACAUCGAGUACUCCUUGUGUUGAAGCAAUAUCUUUUGUACAUAGAAAACUUUGGGUAGAGUUUUUACAUUGUAUUAUCGGCUGAUGUUGUGGACUAUUUGUGAAUUUUGUUCGUUUUCGCAGAACGUGCGAAGUAUGAAUCCAUAGUUUAUCCCUGUGCUGCAACUGCAUCUCGUUCUGGGCCAAUGAGAAAGAUGAGAUCAAUCCAUCUCUCGUAUUUUAUUUACAAUGAAAUUCAAAACAACAGUGUCUGG